CACUUUAACAAGCAUUGAUAUUAUCGCAGACAAUUUCCUUGGUAAUAAGAUUUAUAUACAAAAUCGGAUGAUGCAGUUAUUUCCAAUGACUGUACUUAUUUUUUCUGUUUAACAAUAUAGAAGCGUCAGGUUUAAUGGAGAUCGUUUAUAAUGGUAGUAUUAUAACUAAACUUUUAUCGAACUAUAGAUACGAGCUUAUUCUAGGUAUACAACUGAGCACAUGCUUUUGUCUGGCUUAACAUUUUCUAAAAAUAAACACUAAGAUGUUAACAAGAAGUAACAAUUUAGAAUGGAAAUUAGCAAACAACACUAAUAAAAUUAUUAAAUUAUCUUUCCCAAGAAAUCUCUGCAAGAUAAGGCAAUGGACUGACACUCACUGGACUUUUGACAAAAAUUAUCGACGAUAUUACUCGAUAUCCAAUAUAAAAGAACACAGGUUCCAGAUUAGGUUCAGUUUCACGUGUUUGUUCCAAUUAACCGACACGAUGUGGUUAAGGUUUUUGAUAUUUGGACUUCUUAGUUGCUACGUUUUAGCAGACAGUAGUGAUAUUCCGUGUCCUCCUGUAGACGGUCCUGACGCAGUAUAUUUCCCACACGAAUCAGACUGCAGCAAAUUCUACGAAUGUUCUAAUGGUGUAGCUUACCUCUUCGAUUGUCCAGCUGGACUAGAUUUCAACCCGGUUAAAAACGUUUGCGAUUAUCCAGAGCAAGCAGGCUGCAGAAAUCGAACCACUGUUUCUCCAUCUUCUUCCACUUCCUCAACUGCUUCUCCAAUUUCUUCAUCCACGGAAAGCUCAUCCGCUUCCACUUCUGUCCCGUCAAGUUCAAGUGCACAGACUACAGAAAGCAGCAGCGAGAAUCCUCCUGUGACAACGUCAGUGUCGACUUCGUCUUCGUCUAAGCCUACUUCUGCUUCUACUAGUGCAAAGCCCUCAACGUCAACACCAUCUAAAUCCACUUCACCUACUAAACCAACUCAACCUACCAAACCAACUCAAUCUACUAAACCAUCUAAACCUACUCAACCAUCCAAACCAACUACGCCUAACGAUGAUGAUUCCAAUGAAUCUGACGAUUCUAAUGAAUCAAAUGAUAGCAACGAUUCGGAUUCUUCUAACGAAUCUAACGACUCUGACGACUCCGAUGAUUCGAAGGACGAUGAUGACUCCGAUGAAUCUAGUGAUUCUGAUGACUCCGAUGACUCUAGUGACUCCGAUAGUUCUAGCGAUUCUGAUGAUGAUUCAGACAGCGAUUCUGAUGACGAUUCCGACGAUGAUUCCGAUUCUUCUAGAGAUUCUAGAGAAUUUGCCGCACAAGGGGCUGAUGCUGAGAACUUGUUCAAGCUACUUUCUGGCGGUCUAGACAUAGAUCCUAUACAAGGCACAACUUGCGAUCCAGAGCAAAAUAUUGGAGCAAUGACGAACCAUCCUCAGUCUUGCACAAAAUAUCUUAAAUGCUAUAACGGUGUCACUCUUGUAAAAAGUUGUACAGACCAGUAUUACUUCGAUGAUGAUAUUGGCAUCUGUGUGGUACCGGGUUACACCACAUGUGUAAGUCAGUCGUAAGUGUGUUUGCAUUAAAGCUGUCAUCGAAUGCAGACUUGUAAAAAUAUAAAAUAAAAAUGUGAAUUAAAUGAA